AUGUCUAAGGUCAAAGUUCAGCCAACAUACGAUGAGUCUAAUGCCCCCACUGACUCACCUGGGUAUGCAAAUAUCGGAAGGCAUUCGUCAUUAAAAGGAGGCCAUCAUGCACAUGCGCUCGAUGUCGAGUGGACUCAGGUGGGCACACAGGCGCGCCAACACGAACUCGCAUCGCAAGAAGUGGGUGGAGAGAAAGAUUGUAGUGUAGUGUUGGUAGAGAAGGCGGAGGAGGUGAUCGAUGAUUAA